AUGGAAGAAUAUCUUGGAAUUAUUAAACAUGCGAAAAUAAAAGUUUUAAAAUAAAAGCAUGAAAAUGAGUUAGAUUAAGUACAUAUAUAGGUUAAAACUCAAGAUUAUGAUCCUAUCUCAGGAAAUAGAAAAACAAAUAGUCAAGGAGAAUUUAUUACAUUCUUAAUUAAAGAUUUAUAUGAUAAUUAUGAUGGAAAAGUAAAUGAAUUUUUAUGGAGUGAUUAAGGAAAGAAAAAAGAUUUAAUAUUAAUUAAAGGAAAAGCAGGCUCAGGAAAAAGUAGAGCAUCACGUAAUAUUGAAGAAUUAAUAUAGAUUAUACGAUUUCACCGAAUUGGAUUCAAAUUUAUGUAUCACUUCCUUCGUUAAAAGAUCCUCAUCACAAUUUAAUUGAUUAGGCUCUUAAAUCUGAAAAUUACAACAUUGAUAAUAUUUAAAUAAGAGAAUUUAAAGAUGCUGUCAUAAAUGUAAAACUUAAGAUAGUGUUAAUACUUGAAAGCUAUGAUGAGAUGAAAUUUGAUUGUAUUGCUCUAUCAAACUAAUAGAAUGGCUUAAGAUCUUAAUCUCUAAGCAUCAGGAUAAACAGUAAAAGAGAUUAUUACUACAAGAGAAGAAAUUUAAAUUCUAUUGGAUAUUAAACGUGGUUUUAUGGUUAGAAUAUAGAUACCCUUAAAGAAAUUGAAAUAUUACCUUUUAGUUAUGAGUAGAGUUCUUAAUAUAUUAAACAAUAUGUUGAAAUAAGUGUGAAGAGGACAAUUAAAAAGUUUUAUUAAUUUCUCAAAUAAUUGAAAGGAUAAAACUUUUCAUUAGAGUAAUUUAAGUUGAUAUGGAAUCAAUUAGAAAAUAUAAUUAAUUCGAUGGUAUUAUUAUAAUAAAAUUCUGAAGUUUUAUUUUCAAGUUAAGAUGUUGAUACAUAAAAUAAAUUUAAGUAGUAUAGUUUAUUACUUUUAUAAAAUCAAAUUAGAUGGUAUCUUUAAAAAAGGAACUUCUUUAAUUGUGGGGAGAGUAAAAAUUCUUUAAGUAAUUAAUAAUGUGAAUAUAAAUCAUUUAUUGACAACUCUAUUUAUGAUGGAAUAAUUGUAUAUGUUUUACCAAACAUUUCAUAAUUUUUCUCAAAACCUAACUUAAUAAGAGAUCUACUUAAAAGAAUUAUAUGA